AUGAUCCACCACGAUCGUCAAUACACCGCCCAAGAAUUCGGUACCCGUUUCAACAUCUUCAAGAAGAAUAUGGACUUUGUCCACAAGUGGAACGCCAAGGGAUCAAGCACCGUCCUCGGAUUGAACUCGAUGGCCGAUAUUUCCAACGAAGAGUACCAACGUGUCUACUUGGGUACCCACAUUGAUGCCUCCCAAUUCAGACAACAAGCUGCCUCCCACAAGCUCGGUCGUACUUUCAAGGUCCAAGCUGCCAACGUCGAUUGGCGUGCCAAGGGUGCCGUCACCCCAAUCAAGAACCAAGGUCAAUGCGGUUCAUGUUGGUCAUUCUCUACUACUGGUUCCACUGAAGGUGCUCACUUUAUCAAGACUGGUAAUUUGGUCUCCCUUUCCGAGCAAAACUUGAUGGAUUGUUCCAAGCCAGAAGGUAACCAAGGUUGCAACGGUGGUCUCAUGACUGCUGCUUUCGAGUACAUCAUCAAGAACAAUGGUAUCGAUACUGAAUCCUCAUACCCAUACAAGGCUGAAGACGGUAAGAAGUGUCUCUACAACCCAGCCAACUCUGCUGCUACUCUCUCCUCAUACGUCAACGUCACCACUGGUUCCGAAUCCGAUUUGGCCGUUAAGUCUGGCCUCGGUCCAGUCUCUGUUGCCAUCGAUGCCUCCCACAACUCUUUCCAAUUGUACUCCUCUGGUGUCUACUAUGAACCAAAGUGCUCCCAAACCCAACUCGACCACGGUGUCUUGGUUGUUGGUUAUGGUUCUGAUGCUUUGCCAUCUGCCGGUGUCUCUGCUGGAUCUGGUGACUGGUGGAUCGUUAAGAAUUCCUGGGGUACCACCUGGGGUGUUGAAGGUUACAUCUACAUGUCAAGAAACAGAAAUAACAAUUGCGGUAUUGCAACUAUGGCUUCAUUGCCCUCUGCCUAA